AUGGACUACGAAUUGGGCAUAGGUACUUUGCGAAGGCCAUCCAGCGUGGUAUUUCCGACAUUGCAAGAAAUCGAAAAACACUUCUUCGAUCUAGUCGACGCUGGAGGCGUCCAGGAAGUGAAGCAGUUCCUCGAGGUUCAUCGUGACUUUAAUAUAAACGUCACUGAUUAUCAGGGCGUCACCGCGCUUCACAUAGCAGUUCGAAGCGGAAACAUGGCGAUGGUGGAGUAUCUGCUGUCCUAUCCUGACAUCGACCCGGGUGACACGCACCUCCACGCCAUCAGGGACAACGACAUAAAGAUCGCUAAUCUGAUUCUAAACAAACUAAAUGAACUGAACGCUGGUUUGGAGUACGUUGGCGUCACCCAGAGCACCGACUUCCCGGACGACACGACACCGCUCGCCGUGGCCGCGCAGUACGGUCACUUCGAACUGAUCGACUUCCUGAGAAGAAGAAAUCACACGCUUCCGAAGACUCAUCCACCUAGUUGCAACUGCGAAGAGUGCCAAAGCGAGAGAGAAAGAUCCGACCUGUUGGCGAUAGAAAAAAUGCGAUUGUUCAUGUACAAAGCGAACGUGAACCCGGCAUACAUUUGCCAGACGGUCGACGACCCUAUUCUAGAAGCCUUCAACUUGUCCUACGAGCUGAGUAAGGCCGCCUCCUUCGACAGGCAAUUUUAUCACGAGUACAAGAGUCUUUCCAAGGGUGUCGCUCAGUUUGCCACUGAUCUGAUCGCCUGCGCUCGCACUGUUGACGAAGUGGAAGUUGUACUAAAACAGUCAACCGGAUUCGCUCAUUCCUCCAAGUUCAUCUAUCCGCGAUUGCUCUUCGCGCUCCACUACACGCAGAUGACCUUUGUGGCCCACCCCAACAUACAGCAGUUGAUCGAGAGUAAAUGGAUCGAUGGUUGGUACGAGUGGAAGAUAAUGGGCUUGUGGAUGAAGUGUCUGCGAGUGAUUCUGCGCAUCUUCCUUCUACCACUGAUCCUGAUAGUAAUUUUCUUCGCGCCCAACUCCAAGUGGUCGAAAUUCUGGCAAUCACCCGUUAACAAGUUCCUCUCGUCUACCGCCAGCUACUUCGUGUUCCUAUUGUUCUGUUUCCUCCAGUCGACCGCUGACAAGAGCGAGCAGCUCCGCGGACCACCGAACAAUGUGUACGUAUGGAUACUGUUCGUCUACAUCAUCUCGUACGCGUGGGCGAUGGUACGUCUCUGCGUGGUGCACGGCGCGAAGAAGUUCUUCACGACGUUCCGGUACUGGUGGGAGAUGCUGAUAAUAUUGUUAUUCAUCUUGACCUUCAUGUACUGGAUAAUCGCCGCAGCGGACGUGACUUUAAACGACCAGUUGGAAUUGGAGAGGAAGUAUUGGCACAAGUACGACCCCACGCUAAUUGCUGAAGGGUUGUUCUGUCUGGCGACGAUCGCAGCAUUCCUGAAGUUGUUGUCCAUCUCGUUGCUGAACUAUCAUCUGGGACCUCUGCUGCUAUCUCUACGCAAGAUGAUAAAAGACGUUUUGAAAUUCGUCAUCUUUUUCACCAUCAUUAUCUUUGCUUUCACCACGGGCACGUGCAGACUUUAUCAGUAUUACGACGGGAUGGUGCAGAUCGAUGACGAAACCAAAAUCAAGACUCAACAGGUCAGCUCGUUCGUGGAUUUCAUGUCGACUCUGAAGACACUCUUCUGGGCACUCUUCUGCAUGAGCCCCAUCGAAAGUGCCGACGUUGUGAUCGAGAAUCUUCCCGGAGAAUGCGAAAACGAGACCAUCAUCAAUCAUCACGGGUUCACCGAGGUUAUCGGCUACAUAUCCUUCGCUGGUUUCACGGUCAUUGCUGUGGUCGUGAUAUUGAACAUGCUAAUCGCGUGCAUGUCGAACACGAUGACCAAAGUCACGGAAAACCUGAUCGUGGAAUGGACUUUCGGCCGGACAGAGACGUACGUCGAUUUUAUGCUCACAACAACGGUUCCGCCGCCAUUCAAUAUUAUCCCAACCUACAUCGGCAUGCAGCCGGUGAUCGAGUACGUGAAGAUAUUGCUCAAGCCAACGGCAGACAAGCGAGCGCGAUGGAGCAUAAAUCAUUGUUGCUACAUUGAAUCUUUAGAGACCGACAAGAACAAUCAAUUUUCCGUCGUGAUGACGCAAUUGGUACAACGUUAUUUCCGACAGAAGGAAAAAGAAGCGGAUGAGAACGAACUGGAGAGACUGAGGAAAGAAAUCGUCGAACUGCGAAACCUUCUAAGGGACGCUUUGUCCAGCGAAUGAGAGAAUCGAGUCGUGAAAUUGCCCGUUGUGUACUUUGAUGAAUUACGAAAACAGUCCCAAACCGUUCGAUGUUUAGUAAACGAGGUAGACUUUUUCUUUUUGGUAUUAUUCCAGCGGUGUAUAAGAGGUAAAAACAACGGAGAAAUUAAUGGGAAACGAUUCUCGAGGAAACAAUACCAUCCGUUGUAAUUACCUUUGUAAAAGAAGGAUAAUAGCCAUUUACCAGGCAAGUGGACUGUUUUUCAAUUUGCGACGAGAGAAAAGGGUGUUCGAGGCAAAGCAAAUGAUGCAUCAAACGGCUCGUCGAAAAGUAACGAGUUCGAUACAACGGCGAGGAAUUUAUUCUGUCUCUACGGGGUGUCCCAGAAAUAGGUGGGCCAACAUUUAGGAGCAAUGACUUGCUGGGAACUUGGAAUAAAUUCAUAGAAACUAUUUAUAUAUUUUUUAUUUUAUUUUUAUCUGUCAGAAAGGAUCUUAUUUCCUUUCUGAGAGCUCUUUUACGAACGUAUACAAUCUAUAUUUUCAUAGCAUGUAUAAAUUUUUGUAAAUGUUCAGGUUUUUUUUUUUUUAAUUGUGUUACACAGACAGACAGUUUCCAGAUACAUAGUUCAUCGUCAAGGUGCAGUAGAAUGAGGUUCCAACGUUUGGCCAUUUAUUUCAAGGACAUCCAAUAUAUCUUCUAGAAAGGAACUUGCUCUGACGUUUCCUUGAAUUUAUGGAACGCUUGUCGUCAGAUGAAAUGUUUAUACGAAAAAAUUUCCCUCGAGGUUAUCGAUUAGAUUUUCCUAGUUGAACACUUGGGAAAUUUCUGCACUAGGUCACACGAUCAACAAAUAAUUUCUAAUAAAGAGGCUAUACGUAUUCUCGA